AUGCGGUCCAGUCGCGUAGUAGUCCGAUAUAGAAUAGUUGGAAGGUGGAAGAAAGAGCCCACCACCUGCCACACUAAAAACCUCCUUGCGCUCAAACAGCAAGGGGCUGAAACGGAGAUAGUAUUAUACAAGGAAUUUCUCUUCCCUGCGGAACCUCCAAAGCCCACACCCCAGCCGACAGCAGUUGCUCAGAUAACCGUACCGACUCCAUCGCCAAAUCUCUAUGAGCAUCACCCAACGAUCCGACUACGAAGCCCAGCCGAGACUAUUGUGCUACCACUCGAUGGCUCGACAAUCCUCGCCUCAAAAACGGUCGUCACAGUUGCUGCUGGACAGACAACCCUGGCCUCUGGAGCCGCUGCAAUCAUUGAUGGCUACCUCGUUGCCUUCGAGUCCGGCCACAUCGUCAUAGACGGCAGAACCACUGAAUACUUCGGAUCGGGAGCCACAUCGAAGCUUGAAGCUAAUUUUCUGCUUCUGAAAUCAUCACGACCGAUAGGAGCGGCCAAAUCAGCACACUUGCAGUUAUUGACGGAACAAUCGUACAUCUGGGCCCGACAGCGUCACAUCAUCGAAUUCCAGCCAGAUAAACUCACCGUCGAUGGAUCUAAGACUGUUGAAUUUACGGCGCUUGCUUCAGCUUUCCCAAGCGUCGCGACUUUGUCAAUCACUCCCUCCCUCACUCUCAGCGCUUUCGAGACAGUCAUCACCGGUAGUGAUGGCCACACCACAGAAGAAGCCAUAAUUGGCAGCGAGACACUCUUCGCUGGUGGUCCACAGAUCACGCUUGAUGGCGAAGUGAUCAGCCUUGCAAGUGAUGGCAACCUCGUUGUCAACGGGACCGAGACGAUUGAGUUCUCUCCUGCCAGAAACAGUGCUACCUCUAGCGUGACGAGUGGCAACGAAAUCAAAGCUACCUCAAGCUUUGUCCAUCCUGCGACAACUGGCACUUCAAUUGGAAGUCCUAUUGGCAAGUUCCCCGGAUACUCUUUGCUCAUCGCCUAUCUCGCAAUUAGCAUCUCAAUCAUGCUGUAA